GGACCCGGGACAAUGAGCACCACGCCGUGAAUAAAGACGUAGAGUUACUCAUCAUUCAAGCUUGGAGAACGGAGGUGGAGGGAGAUCUGCUGGGAUUUAUCUUAUGAUUGGUGGAAGCGGGACAUCAACAGCCGAUCAUAGGGAGCUUGUAAUCCUCCUGACGCAGUUGUCGGACGAUCUACCAGUCGACGUCAUCUCACACUGCGACGAGAGUUCGGCGCCGCAUAUUCUUUCGCGCAGCCUGACGCCGUACCUUCAGUGGUCGGCAUGCUUGGAAGGUGAUUGGGACAAUUGUAAUUACCCGUCACAUAGUAAUAACCUAAGCCCCGCAAAGAUAAUCGAUAUUCUCUUCUUUGAUCGAGGUGAGCCAACGUCAGAAGAGGAAGAAGACGACGAAGACGAGGAGGACGAAUCGGAAGGUACCUCCGAGGAGGACGAGUAUUAUAGUGAGCAUAAGCAUGAGUCGAGGGCAAUAAGCGAAGGAGAAGAAGAAGACGCAGAAGAGGAAGCAAGUGAGGAGGAAGAGGCGGGACAGGCGGAGACACAGGAAGAAGACCCAGCGGAAGUGGAACGGUGGAGCGCAGAAAGAGCCGAAGGAAAGUGUCCACUAGAGCAGUUGGUGGGAACUGAUUUGCGAAUUUCGAUCGAUCCGACCCGAGAUCCGGAGCUGCCGACGGAGGAAGAUGAGCACCGUGCUGUAGAGACUUCGAGCGCGCCGACGCGGAGGCAACGGAGCCGCUUCCCUCCCCUUCCCCCGCCCUUAGUUCGAGCACGUGCCGAUGUGGGGCAUCGGGCUACGUCCCCUGUUAUUAUCCCGUCGUUCCCUUGAUUACCUUACACUCUGGAAAAUCGAAACCCCGCUCGCAUUUCCCCAAAAUC